AUGGAAGCUAACCUCUCUGAAAUUCAUUUGAAGGAGAAGAAGAAGGAGAUCGACGAGAAAAAGGCAGCUGCGGCAGAAGAAGCUGAUAACCUCCCGGUGGAUCCUACCGUGCGUGAGAUCGCCAAGCAGGAGGUUGAGAAGGCAGUCGCGAAGCUCAAGCCGAUCAACAAGUCUACUCCUAACCGCUCUGUUAACAACGGCAAGAGGAAAGCAACGGCUGGCAAGAAGAAGGUCUUCCCGGGGGGCGUGCUGGUAUACACGCAGUCCUACUUUGAGUUUGUGCGCCUCCGAAACUUCUUCAAGCAGGAGAAUCUCUCCUUCUGCCUCCUCUCUGAGUACACGGACGAGCGCAACGUGCAUCGGGCGAGGGCAUGGUUCUUCCAGAACCGGCGGCGCAUCAUGCUCUACUCAGAGCGAUCGCACUUCUACCACCGCUACCGGAUCCGGGGCAUUCGGGAAGUUAUAUUCUACUCGCUCCGUGCUACCCGCAUUUCUAUGCAGAGAUCCUCAACCUGCUGGAAGGGGUGGAUAAUGCCUCCUGCUCCGCCAUCUUCACUCGCUUUGAUAACCUGGAG